AAAAUUCUCCCAUUUUAUCUAAGCAAAGACUUGACUAAAUUUCUCUUAUUUUAUCGAUUAAUGAGUUGAAAAUUUGAAAGCACGAAAUUCCCGAUUGUAUUUCCGUUUCAUCAAAACCCUUCCAGUUUUCACAAAUUCAAUUCAGACAAACGAUUUCUUCUAAAAUAUUUGUCGCCGUUUUUCGAAUCGAGAGCGUUCCCGACGCACCGAGACAUCGUCUAUUAGAUAACACAAAACUGUGGCUUCGAAUUACCUUCUCAAUGGAAUCCGAUUUCGAGACGAACGAUAUGCUCACACUCACACACGAUCAAUUUGAUGCCAACGACAAUGAUAAUUUAGAUGUUGAAGGGGAAAGAUGUGGAAUCUGUAUGGACAUGGUUAUUGACAGAGGAGUACUUGAUUGCUGUCAGCACUGGUUCUGCUUUGCCUGCAUUGACAACUGGGCAACCAUCACUAAUCUCUGCCCACUUUGCCAGAAUGAGUUUCAGUUGAUUACUUGUGUUCCAGUAUAUGAUACCAUAGGGAGCAACAAAGUUGAAGAUGGCUCAUUCUUCAGAGAUGAUGACUGGUCGAUUGAAGGGAAGAACAACAGUCUCUCAUUUCCCUCUUAUUACAUUGAUGAAAAUGCAGUUACUUGCUUGGAUGGUGAUGACUGCAAAAUUCGAAAUGGAUUGGCCAGUAUUGAAGAAGAUUCUGGUCUUGAUACAUCAAUCGCUUGUGAUUCAUGUGAUAUAUGGUAAGCACAAGUACCACGCCUUUUGUGUGGGAUUUGAUACUGAAGAAACAUCUGAAAGUACAUGGUUAUGCCCAAGAUGUGUGGUUGAUGAAGUUUCUAAAGGAAGAGAUGCCAAUUCAAUAAAGAAGGAAACCCUGGAUUUUAACCCAGACAAUAAUACCAGUCAAUGCCAUGCUGAGGAUUCCAGAAUGGUGUCUGUGUCCAUUGCUGAUACUGGGGAGACAGCUGUUGUUGUCUCAAUGGUUGACAGAAACAGAUGGGUUCCAGAAACAAGUGACAGUGGCAUAUUGCCUCCUGAAGUUGACGGGGAUCUGCUAACUGAACCAUGUAAUUUAAUGCACGACACAAAUAAUCAACUGCAGGGAGCAGAUAAGACAACUAUGUCACCAAUCAUGGAGGGAGAAGAACUGGAGCUGUCCUUAUCACACAAUAUGUCCUGUAACCCAACUUCUAAGUCCUUGGUGCAUAAUGAUUUAAAGAAAAGUGAUAAUGGAACAAGAUGUGAAUUGAGUAGCUUUGAUGGAACCAAGUUAUUUGAUGAGUCCCAUGUCAAAACUAGUCCAUGCAAAAUUGAAUCUGAUAUAGGUCUUCAUCUUGGUUUAUCGGUGGGCUCUUUUCUACCUGUUGAUAACGUGGAGAAGAGCGAAACAAAAGAUCAAGUAACUGAUGUCCCGUGCUCGAAUCUAGAAGAAUUUCUUUUGAAAGCAGAUGAAAUUGAAACCAAUGCUUGUGAGGACAAUGCCAGAGUGACUGGUAAAAAGAGGAAGCAUGUUGAUUACAGUCAUGAGCAAAUUCAUAUAAAAGUUGAGGAUGAAGGUGCCAAGCUUGAACUAUCGGUUGAAGCUUCACAAAAGAAAAUUAGAGCAACUUCCAGUGAAAUGAUUAGUGCUAAUGAAUCGACUGAUGCUCAACUUUCUGACAAUGCUAAGAAAAGUCCUGCUUUAAAGCAUUCUCCAUCAAAGGAGAUUGCGGCAUCAGAUAUAAUGAACAUAGUUAAAGGGACGAACCGGAGGCUUUCCAAGGGACUUGCUGGCACUAAUGAUAGUGAAAUGUUAGGUGAAAAGAAAGAAAACAUGGCUGGAUUGAGGGUUAAAAAGAUUAUGAAGAGAGUUUCUGAUAGUGGAGAAUCAUCGUCAGUAGUCCAAAAUCUAAGGAACGAAAUUAAAGAAGCUGUCCGCAAUAAAUCCUCUGUGAACUUUGAGGAAACCCAUUUUGAUAAAAAACUUCUUGAAGCAUUUAGGGCUGCUAUAACAGGUCCUAAAACGGAACCUGUAAAUAAGUUAUCCCCUUCAGCUCUAAAGGCAAAGAAGUCAAUGUUGCAGAAAGGAAAAGUUCGUGAACAUCUAACAAGGAAAAUAUUUUCAACUUCCAAUGGAAGACGAAAGCGUGCAUGGGAUAGGGACUGUGAAAUUGAGUUUUGGAAAUAUCGUUGCAUGAGAGCUUCAAAGCCUGAAAAGAUUGAAACUUUAAAAUCAGUUCUUGAUCUACUAAGAAAAAGUUCAGAGGGCUCGGAAUCACAGCUAGCUCCUGAAUGUCAGGCAAAGAAUCCAAUUCUUUCCAGAUUGUAUAUAGCAGAUACAUCUGUUUUCCCACGGAAAAAGGAUGUCAAACCUUUCUCAGAGCAGACUAAGCAUAAUAACCCAUCAGCAAAAGGACCAAAUCAAUCUCUUGAUACCAAGACUAUUAAAACAACAGAGGUAAAUAAUCUUUUAUUGAAGAACAGAGUUUGUUCGUCUGAGAUAAAAGUAGAUAAGAAGAUUGUACGUGGUUCAGUUGGUGAUAAUUCAGAUUCUGGUAAAGUACAUUUAAGCAGUCACUCAGAAGGGACGUCACUUUCUUCUUCAGCUGGUUCCAAAGUUGGCACAAAGGAGUCGGGCCUUAAAUCUGAUUCUGUGAAAAGUGAUAAAAGAAAAUGGGCCUUGGAGGUUCUUGCUAGGAAAACAGCUGUUGGCAGCAAUAAAUCCGCAAAUGAAAAUCAGGAAGACGAUGCGAUUUUUAAAGGAAAUUAUCCUUUGCUUGCCCAAUUACCAACUGAUAUGCGACCAGUGUUGGCACCUUGUCGCCAUAAUAAAAUUCCUGUAUCAGCCAGGCAGACACAACUUUACCGCCUGACGGAACGCUUAUUGAGGAACACAAAUCUGCCAACCAUUCGCAGAACUGCAGAUACAGAAUUGGCUGUUGCAGAUGCAGUUAAUAUUGAAAAGGAGGUUGCUGACAGAUCAAACAGCAAGCUGGUGUAUCUGAACCUUUGUUCACAAGAACUAUUGCAUCGCACAAACAACACAAAAUCCAAUGUAGACGCAGACACAAGCCCACCAACCGCAUCACCAGUGCAUACUGAUCAAUCAGAACAAAAUUCACAUGAUCUUUCGACUGACCCUGCAACUCAAAUAGCAUUAAAAAAUGCUGGUCUGUUGUCUGAUUCGCCACCAAGCAGUCCACAAAAGAACAGUGAAAUUUGUAAUGGAAAUGAAGUGUCAGGGCCUGAUGAUAUACUUGAACUAGAUUCUCGUCCUGAGCUGGAUAUUUAUGGUGAUUUUGAGUAUGAUUUGGAAGAGGAUGAUUACAUAGGCGCUAGUAUAAAGAUCCCAAACCUAAAACAAGAGCAGAGUGAAUCAAAAGUGAAACUUGUUUUCUCCACCACGAGCUUGAAGAAAACAAAUAAUGCUUUGGAUUGUGCAGACUGUAAGGGGUCUGAAAAAAAUGAAGUGCCAGGAGAUGCCUCUUGCUCACCAAACUGUUGCAGUGAUGCAGUCCACAGGGAUUCUACCAUUGAUGCGGAGAUUGGCCAGCCUUCUGUUUCUUCUGGGCUACUACCAUGUGACGGUGCUGUUGAGCCAGUUGAUUCAGAGUUUGAAGAAUUAUAUGGCCCUGAUAAAGAACCACUUAUAAAAAAGUUUCCAGAUGUUGAAUUACAAUCAUUACAUGGAGAGGGCAAGACGGAAACUCAAAGCAAGCAUAAUGAUUGCCAUAAGGACAGAGAACUUGUCUCAGAAAAAGCAGUAAAUGAUGCUGAAUUAGGGAAUGAGAAUCUCACAGAAAAUGUGUCUGUCCCUACCAACACCGACAAAUCUUCCAAUAUAUCUGGGACCAAUGAAAAUCUUCAAAGGAAGGAAGAGAAACCUGGCAUCCCUGCACAGCAGCUUACCAAUGAAAAUCUAGUAGUGAAGAAGGUAGAAGCCUACAUCAAGGAGCAUAUCAGGCCACUGUGUAAGAGUGGUGUGAUCACAGCUGAACAGUACAGGUGGGCUGUUGCAAAAACAACUGAUAAGGUUAUGAAGUAUCAUUCCAAAUCAAAGAAUGCUAAUUUCCUCAUAAAGGAAGGUGAGAAAGUCAAGAAACUUGCAGAGCAGUAUGUUGAAGCUGCCCAACAGAAUAGAAAAAGUUGAGUCCCAUAUUGCCAUUUCAUUCUCAACAAAUUUUCUCAAGUUUAUUGUUAGUUGUUCACCUUUUUCAUAGGUGCGACAUUGCUAACUGUUUUAGAAACUUGCUUCAUUGGGUUACUGUGCGUAUAUGUUGGAUUUCGCACCAUGAAAAUAGUGCGAUGCUGCACACAAUGGGGAUUGAUUCAGAACAGGUGUGGGUUAAAAUGUCAUGUUUUAAUGUGAUUUCCCAAAUGAAGCCCUAAACCUGACUAUUCGUGAUAAGCAGGCUAAUGGACUGGACUGCGAUUCUUUCGUACCUUCUUAGUAAAGGGAAUCACUGUACAGAUUAUUUAGCCAAAAUGGGAGGUACUCAAAAUGAAAGGAUGUAGGUCUUAGACAUUCUUCCUCGUGGCCUCAGUUGUUUCCUAUUGGCAGAUUCUAUGGGGGCGGAAUUCCAUCGUUUAUAGUUCUGUUUUCUUUGUUGUUGUAACAGUCUAUGUAAUGUAGACAAACUAUUGCAAGCCCACACUCAAAAUGAAAUGAAGUAUUGCUGUAACGGAAUUAUAGAGUAAUAAUGCGAUUGUAGAAAAAA